AUGAAUGUUAUCAGUCCAUAUUGUUUCAUAUUUGCUCUAUUUUCGGUUACGUUGGUCUUGUCUCUCGCCAUACGUUACUUGAGAAAACCAAAAGGUGAUCAGCUUCCUCCAGGCCCAACGGGGUGGCCGAUCAUUGGCAACUUGUCGCAAAUGGUCAAGAACCGGCCAACUCACCUGUGGAUCCACCGCGUCAUGAAAGACAUGCAAACGGAGAUAGCUUGCUUCCGCUUCGCCGGCGUCCACGUCAUCACCGUAACAUCAAGCGAGAUUGCCCGAGAAGUGCUUAGGGAAAAAGACGAGGCUCUCGCAGACAGAGCUGACUCCUACUCAAGCAAUCUCAUAAGCCAUGGCUACAAGGACAUUAUUUUCUCUCCAUAUGGAGAGAGUCGGAAGCUGAUGAAGAAAGUGAUGGUCACCAAACUAAUGUCUCCGUCAACGUUGAACAAAACGCUCGGUGAUAGAACUCUAGAAGCCGAUAAUAUCGUGACGUAUAUCUUUAAUCUAUGCGGAUUACAGUCAACGAUUAACUCGGUCAACGUGAGGGACGUCGCCUUAACUUAUUCCCACGCGGUGAUGAUGAGGAUGAUGUUUGGCCAGAGGCAUUUUGAAGAACCGGCGGAGGACGGCGGUCUCGGGAGGAAAGAAAGAGAGCAUAUGGACGCAAUAUACCAAGCUAUUGAUUGUUUUUUCAGCUUUAACAUAUCGAAUUAUAUAUCUUGCCUUAGAGGAUGGAACAUCGAUGGAGAAGAGGCGAAGCUAAGAGGAGCGAUCGAUAUUAUCAACAGGUGCAAUGAUCCCAUCAUCCACGAGAGAAUGCAUUUGUGGAGGGAUAAAGGUGGAAAAGAGACAGAAGAUGAUUGGCUCGAUACUCUUAUCACGCUUAAGAAUAACCAAGGAAUGUAUUUAUUCACACUUGAUGAGAUUAGGGCUCAAUGCAAGAACAUCAAUGUUGCAGCAAUCGACAAUACGAUGAAUAACGUGGAGUGGACGAUAGCCGAGAUGUUGAAUCAUCCAGAGAUUCUUGAGAAAGCUAUAACGGAGUUGGACAUAAUAGUUGGUAAAGACAGACUUGUGCAAGAAUCAGACAUACCACAACUCAACUACAUCAAAGCUUGUAGCCGAGAAUCUUUCCGACUUCACCCAGUUAAUGCGUUCAUGCCUCCUCAUGGAGCCAUCGAAAAUACUACUCUCGCUGGUUAUUUCAUCCCCAAAGUUAUAGAAUAA